AUGGACAUGAUUCCUGGCUGCCUGCCCUUCAUCACGUCUUUCAAACCACAGGAGGUGGCAUCGACCGCCCAUGCCGUAGCGAAAAUCUUUUCCGCUGAGUCAGAGGCUUACGAUCUCUCUGCGCCACCUCAGAUUCCUUUGCAAAUCUCCAUGUUUUUUAGCGCCAUCACACCUUGGUGCCAAGAGCAAAUCACGCUAUUCUCCGACCAGUCAUUAGCCAACAUCGUAUCAUCCUUCGGCAUGUUACGAAUCCAUCUCCAUCCUUCGCUGCUCGCUGCUGUGGAGCAGCAAGUCAUGGCCAGACUUAGAGCAUCGGACCAUGCCGCGCUCGUGGUAUUUUUCCGAGCCGCCGUGCAAUGUCCGCAGCUGGAACGCCUUCGGUCCCAACUAGCGUCCACAGUUGCCUCACAGCUUGGAAACUUCAAAAGCAAGGAACUUCGAUCUCUGGCUUUCACGAGAUCUGUGAAGCUGGGCAUCGUGCACCAAGACACGGAUCCCAACUUGGAGGAUCUGAUGAGGUGGUGCCUUGAGAUGGCGCAAUCCAACCAGCAGCAACCCAUGCAGAACAUGCAAAACAUGCAGCCCCUGCAAGCGAUGCAACCGAUGCCCAGCCAGCAGCAAGAGCAAGAGGAGUUGGCUAAGAAAGCAGCUAUCAAUGCAUGUGCACAAGCUAGCCUGGAGAUGCGCCUUCAAGGGCAGCUGCAGCAGGAGCUGCUUUGGCUGCAGCAGGCGCAGGCGCAGGCGCAGGCGCAGGCUGCGCGGGCCGCGGCGCAGGCGGCAGCGGCCCAGGCGGCAGCGGCCCAGGUCGGUGCUGCUGGGUUUCCCAGAGAACCCAAUACCCCUUAA